AUGUCGCGGAAGCUUUCAUCCCCUGCAGCGCAACUGCUGCGCAGCUCUCGCCUUUUCUCGCUGCCGCCGCCGAUUCCUGGGGCCAGCACUACGCCUGGCACCUCAUCCGACUUCACGAGUGUCUCUGAAACCGCAACGCAGCCGUUUCCAACCCGUCAAGCCAUUGCGACGCCCCCCUCGAGCCUGCAUCGUGGCGAUUGGGGCUUGAAGCGACCAUUGCCGCUUCGCGAAACGACCCGUUCCUCGGCGCCAACAAUGCGGGUGUACGAAGUCGACACCAUCAACUUGUUCACCGAUUUCGAGAGUGCCGGCGACCACGUUCGCACCUUGGAAAAAUGGCAAGAAAUGAACAUCCCCCUCACCCUAAGCCCAGACACCCGCAUGUCUGCAUCGGACAAGCAAGAGACGGCGAUCAGCGCCUUCCACGAACGCUUUGACAACACCCAGCUCACCGAGGAGGCACGGAACAAUGGCCAUAGCAAAUGGAAAUCCAAAGGACCUUAUCUGGCAGGGAUGUCUGAGGGCGAGUUCAAAUCUUACCUCGAGACCGUUCCUCGCCGGCGCAAGGAGGAGUUCAGAAAACACUUAAGAGAGUACGUGGCGAAGAAGGCUCUCGGGGAGGCGGCCUAUGUUGCAAUGGAACGUGCUUCUACUACUCCGAUGCGUCGUCCGUCCGUUCAGGGGACGUUCAAGGUAUCUGACGGAGAGUUCGAGAAGAUGGUCAAGGUUCUGCGUGAAGACACCACCUUGUCUUCAGAAUUGAGCCGCUUAAUCAGAGACUUCUUCGAUCUCCCGGGCGUCCACGCAGACACGAUACAACCGCCAGAAAAAUUUGCUGCCGAUUUGCUCAAAAGGUUCGGGAAUAAUACCACUAUGAAGGGACCGCCGACUACCCACCCAUCCGCUGGUCUUUCGUAUCUCCGCAGCGCAGCCUUCCUGCAAAACCACCCCAUUCUCGGCCCACUGGAGUCAAGAGAGCCAAUUGAAGCUCGACUGUUGUCCGGUCGCCAAACAGCCCAGAAAGUGAGUUCGCAGGCCAGGGCUGGUGUUGGUGGUGUUGUUGCGGACCUCAGAGUUUCGCAAUCCGGCUCGAUUAGGACCGAUGAGUAUCAGUUCAUUAGAUUCGAGGAGCACGGAGGUCAUAAGGUCUGGGUGUCACCAGAGCGCGCAUACAUCGACUCUACCGGUCACAUCAAGCUCGCCGUGAACUCUGCCAUCCCGGAGGAUGUGCGAAUCAAGCAGGGAUCUCUGAAGUCAAAGGAGGAGUUGGAAGCGAAACCAGCUCCCAGGAUUGAAGAGCUCGAUACAAGGGCCGCAGACCUGGACACGAAUGACGGCAGCGUGCAGGAGCAAAGCAGGCAGAUUCUCGGCAUUUUGAAUGGUAUGAGUAGCGCAGGCGGCCAGGUGGAUGCUCCGCGGAGAGGUGCAGAUUAG